CGAAAAUGUCGUCGGAUCUGUGAGAAGUUGGCAAAUAUUUAUUUAUACUUGUAUUUUGUUUUGAUUCAAGUAAAACAUGGACAGAUUCACAUGGUCAAAUGGUCUUCUGGAAAUGAAUGAAACAUUGGUGAUUCAACAACGAGGUGUCAAACUUUAUGACGGAGAAGACAAGGCCAAGUUGGAUGUUGGAAUUGUUCUGCUGAGUACUCACCAGUUAAUAUGGAGGGACCUGAAGAAUCAUGAAUGCUGCAUAGCCAUACCCCUUUCUCAGAUCAUCUACUUUGAGGAACAAGCUGCGGGUAUCGGAAAGAGUGCCAAGAUAGUGGUCCACCUGCACGCUUCCCCGGCCAAUAAGGAGCCAGGACCCUACCAGCAGAGCAAGUUCUCCUACUUCAAACUGUCCUUCAAAGAGCAUGGACAGAUAGAGUUCUUCCGAAGGCUGACCGAGGAGUUGAGCCAGAAGAGAUGGGAGAGUACGCCCAUGUCACAACCCAUCCCUACGGCAACCAACUCACAGACAGGAAGGACGCGAGCGGUGGGCAUCGUCGGCAUCGAGAGGAAGAUAGAGGAGAGGAGGAAAGAGACAGAGAAAAACAUCUCAGAGGCCUUUGAGGACCUCAGUAAGCUGAUGGUGAAGGCUAAGGAGAUGGUGGAGCUGUCCAGGUCCAUCGCCAACAAAAUCAAAGACAAGCAGGGAGACAUCACAGAGGACGAGACUAUCCGGUUCAAAUCCUACCUGCUCAGUAUGGGUAUAGCCAACCCCGUUACCAGGGAGACGCACGGCUCGGGUACCCACUACCACCUCCAGCUGGCCAAGCAGCUGGGAGACAUUCUGCUGGCACCGCUAGAGGAGCGUGGUGGGAUGAUGGCUCUAACUGAAGUGUACUGUCUGGUAAACCGAGCUAGGGGUAUGGAGCUGCUGUCUCCAGAGGAUUUGGUGAAUGCCUGUAAGCUGUUUGAGUCGCUGAAGCUACCACUGAGGUUGCGUGUCUUCGACAGUGGUGUGAUGGUGGUUCAGCUGCAGUCCCACAGUGAGGAGGAGAUGAUCUCCUCGGCCCUGGACAACGUAACUGAUAAAGGCUCUCUGACAGCUGAGGAGUUUGCCAAGCUGCUCGGUCUCUCUGUUCUUCUGUCUAAAGAAAGGUUGUUACUAGCAGAGAAGAUGGGUCACCUGUGUAGAGACGACUCUGUGGAAGGACUACGGUUCUACCCGAACCUUUUCAACAGUCAGGCUUGAUGUAAACGUGUCCCAAAUAGCACCCUAGUCCCAAUUAUAGUGCACUGCUUUUGACUCGGGGUCCAUAGGAUUUUUAGUGCACUAUAUUGGUUCUACCAAAACUCUUCUCCACUCAUGUCUGAUCUGAGGACAGCUCAGUGUUGUGGGUUGAAAUGUGUUCGAUCAACGACUGGCAAACCAAAACCCAACUUCUCAGUUGUACCGGGUAUACGACAAAGCAGGAUCAAUGAGUUAGCCAGCUAACUUGUCAAAAUAUUCUGAAAUUAUAUUCUCUACAUGCUUUUUUUUUUUUUUUUUUUUAGAAAGAUACAUUUUAAAAUCUGCAUGGUCUAGUAAUAGGAUUCAGAUCAUCUCUGAGUUUAGCUUUUCUUAAUGAAUCAGAAAGUCAAUAGAUAUUUCUUGUUGUUUAUCAAAGUUAGUUUGUUGAUCUUCCCAUUGUAGUAGAGCCCUCUGUAUCCAUGGCAUCCUGUGUUGUGUUGAUACAGUAGGAAAGAGAAGGGUAACCCAGACCUCACCUUGCUAUCACAAAGGCUGUUUCCCCAUCUGACUGUUCCCUGGACUCUCUAGAGACGUUUGGGCCUUUUUUUUUUUUAGAGAGAGCUCGAGGAAAGUCAAAUAUAUCAGAAUAUAUCUGGUCUCUGAGUCCCAGACAAUAAUAAUCUAGUUGGUUAAGGUUUUUUUUGUAUUGGAUAAUAAGGUUAACGUUGUCUGUCUCAGUGCUUUCAGUUUGAUAUCAUGUCUGUAUCAUCGUCGUCGUCAUCAACAUUGUACUGUAUUGUAUUGUUACCUUGAUCCAACACCUAUGGAACUAGGUUGUAAAAUACCAAACUUCUCCUCUUAAAGUAAAGUGUGUUUUACAGGGCGGCUGUUGAAACCUUUUACAGGUGGAAAGUCUCAGAACGUCUGAAACCUCCCUUUUUGAAGAGAAUGUUAAAUAACUCUCGCGUUGUACCCAUCACCUCAUACCAUGUGUUCCUUUACGUUAUAAAGACUCUAUGUCACAUAA